AUGCUAAAAUCUUUAACUGACUUUAUAGAUAGACUCGAAGUCCCCGGUGAUAACCAAAUAAAUAAAAAUACAGGAUGGAUUAAUAGAGAUGUGAUACCUCUACCUCCACAAAGAAGGACAUGGACGGACUGGGAUUUUAUAGGAUUUUGGGCAGUCAUUGCCUUAUCAAUAACUACUUGGCAAAGUUGCUCAAGUUUACUUGAUCUAGGUUUAAAUGUUUGGCAAUCCAUGGUAAUUGUUAUCAUUAGUAAGUUUUUAAUAUUUUUGAUAGCUGUAAGUCAUGGGUGGGGUGGCGGUGUUUGGCAUGUUGGAUUUCCAAUCUAUAGUAGGUACACAUUUGGGUUGUGGGGCUCAUAUUUGGGGUUGAUUCAGAGAAUAUUCCUUUGCAUUAUUUGGUAUGCAGUUCAGUCGUACACCGCGGGUCAAUGCAUGUCUGUUUUAUUGAGUUCUAUAUUUCCCACUUUUAACACUCUACACAACACAUUACCUGAAAGCUUGCCGAUGACAACAAAAGAGUUUAUUGGCUUCAUUAUCUACCAUGUUUUAUCAAUUCCGUUCUUGUAUAUACCUCCAGAAAAAUUCAAGCAUCCAUUUAGAGCUGUGUCUUUGAUAUCUUUUUUUACUAUUUUUGGCACCUCAAUUGGGUCUAUGGUUCAUGCUAAAGGUGCUGGUGAGCUUCUACACGUAGGGUCUGACAUAAACAGCUCUGCUGCUAGAGGAAUGGCUUGGAUACACGGAAUCAAUACUAUUAUAAAUGCUUAUGCCGUUGGUUUGGCUAAUCAACCCGACUUUUCUAGGUUUGUUCACAGACGAGGUCAACAAAUUUGGGGUCAAGCGUUUUCAAUUUUGAUCUUAGGUACAAUAAUUCCAUUAUUUGGACUUCUAGGGACAUCAGCAGCGGCUCAAAAAUAUGGAAAUGUCAAUGAAUUGAAUUUAUGGAAUCCACCCAACAUUAUUGAACAGUGGUUGUUGGAAAGUUAUAGCCCUAAGGCAAGAUGUGCAAGCUUUUUUGCCUCUUUUGGCUUCUUUGUUAGUACACUAGGUUUAAACGCCAUUGACAAUGCGGUAAGUGGUGGAAUAGAUUUAGUUGCUAUAGCUCCGAAGUUUAUUAAUAUUAGACGAGGAGCGUAUAUUAUUAUGAUUAUCUCCAUUGCAAUAAAUCCGUGGCAGAUUGUUUCCAAAGCUACUAUAUUUGUUGAUGUUCUAAGUUCCUAUGGUUGCUUUUUGGGGCCAAUGAUAGCAAUUAUGACUUCCGAUUUUUUCAUCGUAAGAAAGCAAAAGCUUAAAUUGAUAGAUCUAUAUAAUCCAUCAAAAGAUUCAAUAUACUGGUUUACUGGGGGCAUUAAUUGGAGAGCAUAUGUUUCUUGGGUUUGUGGAUUUGUUCCAGGGAUUACAGGAUUCGCAUCUGUAAAUCCUGCACUCGCUAGUAGGGUUCCAGAACCUGCUGUGAAAAUGUUUGAUAUUUCCUUCAUAAUUGGAUACGUUAUCAGCUUUCUCGUACAUGUGAUUUUGAAUUACUUCUUUCCCCCUAAGGGAUUGAAAGAAAUUGAUCACAUUGACUAUUAUCAUGCUUUCACAAAUGAAGAAGCUAUUCAGUUAGGAAUGGAUCAGGUAGAAUUUAACAUUCCGUAUGAUGCAAAUGAAUUAAGAGAGCAAUGCAGUUCAAGUUUGAAGACAACGAAAGCAUUAUAUAUCCAAGACGAAUAUGAAAGAGCUUAA